AUGUUUCUAAAGACAAUUCCAGAAGCAGAAUCUCUCCCUCUCUUUUUAUCUCUUUGUCUCUGUUUCUUUCUCAUUCUCUCUCUCUCUCUUUCUCUGUUUCUUAUUCUCUCUAUCUCUCUCUGUUUCUUUCUCAUUCACUCACUCUCUCUGUUUUUUCUCAGUCUCUCUCUCUCUGUUUCUUUCUCAUUCUCUCUCUAUCUCUCUCUCUGUUUCUUUCUCAUUCUCUCUCUAUCACUCUCUCUCUCUGUUUCUUUCUCAUUCUCUCUCUAUUUCGUAAUACGUAAUUUCAAAAGCAGAAUCUCUCCCUCUUUUUCUAUCUCUUUGUUUCCGUUUCUUUCUCAUUCGCUCUCUCUCUCCCCCCCCCUCUCUCUGUUUCUCAUUCUCUCUAUCUCCAUCUCUCUCUGUUUCUUUCUCAUUCUCUCUCUCUGUUUCUUAUUCUCUCUAUCUCUAUCAUUCUCUGUUUCUUUCUCAUUCUCUCUCUCUCUCUCUCUCUCUGUGUUUCUUUCUAAUUCUCUCUAUCUCUCUCUGUUUCUUUCUCAUUCACUCACUCUGUUUUUUUUUCUCAUUCUCUCUCUCUUUUCUUUUCUCAUUCGCCUUCUCUCUCUCUUCUCUCAUUUUUCUCAUUCUCUCUAUCUCUAUCUCUCUGUUUCUUUUUCUCAUUCUUCUCUCUGUUUCUUAUUCUCUAUCUCUAUCAUUCUCUGUUUCUUUCUCAUUCACUCUCUCUCUGUGUUUCUUUCUAAUUCUCUCUCUGUUUCUUUCUCAUUCUCUCUCUAUCUAUCUAUCUCUCCGUUUCUUUUUUUCUCAUUCUCUGGGUCUUUUAGAACCUGA